GACUAAGACUUCUCCUCUGCUGUCCAAGUGCUUUGGUGCAGGGACAGCGGCCGUCUUCAGCCAAUCCAGUGCAGGCUCUCCACCGAAGGCUGGCUCUAGACUGGUGGUAUGCGUACCCAAUAGUAUAGUCAUGGCCGACUGCUGCUUGUGGUUCUCUGACGAUUGUGCUUCUUGUUAAUCCUGUCAUGCUUGGUAAUUGUAUCAAUUAGAAUUGAUAACUGUCUUGACUUGAAUUUUGUUCUUUUAAAACGGCUGUACCUGUGCAAUAAAGAUGCAAUACCUUUCUUUUUUUAAAAAAAAAUUUUUUUUAUAUAGAAAGCUAUAAAAACUGAAGUGAUAAAAUUGGCAUGGUGGAAAUUCAGGCUGUUACUGGAUCAUAUCAUCAUUUCUCCCAAGCCCUAAGGUUGCUCUUUUCAGCAGCUUAAGUGGGACUCACUCCAGUAAAGACUCCUUGUUGAAAUGGGACAGUUUCGUUCUUUGAUAAGCCUGAGAAGAGGAUUCCCUUGGGUGUUGACCUCCUCUGCUUGAUGUGCCCAUGCAUCUGAACUGCACCCAAGGGCCUUUCCCUUUUCCAAGUGGACUCCCUCCCUGGAGCUGUGGCUCAGUCAUCUGGAGAAGGACCGGGCGACAAAUGCUGCCUGAAGAAAAGGAACACAGGAGGACAGCUUGUCUGACAGUUGGGAGGCUUCAUGCUCAGCCUUCUCAUUUGAGUUUGCAUGUUUCUCUGCACUAUGGAUUUUGAACAUUUAGAUUAAUCAACUACAUUUAAACUACUAAGUAGCAUUUUCUUUCUAAGCAUUGUGCUUUGCAUGAUAGCAGGUCAUAGAGAAGGAAAAGUAAAGUUAAAGUCGGUUCUCGUUCAUAGCAACAUUGUCUGACAUUCAGCCAGCUUUUCCCCUCCACUGAUUUAUUUCUUUCCUGUAUUCAGAAUGUCCCCUGUUACCCAUGGGGAUUCCCAGAGUACCCAGCACAGUCCUAGUGCAGAACCCUUAGGAAUAACCACCUUUGAUGACAUAUGGUGGCAUAAUUGCCAAUGGCAUUACAGUCUUCCUGGUUUUGGUUUCAGGAACUACAUGAAUGACAGCCUUCGCACAGACGUCUUUGUGAGGUUCCAGCCUGAAAGCAUUGCUUGUGCCUGUAUCUACCUUGCUGCCCGGACACUGGAGAUCCCUUUACCCAAUCGUCCACAUUGGUUUCUUUUGUUUGGAGCAACUGAAGAAGAAAUUCAAGAAAUAUGCUUUAAAAUCUUGCAGCUUUAUACACGGAAAAAGGUUGAUUUGACACAUCUGGAGAGUGAAGUGGAAAAGAGAAAGCAUGCCAUCGAAGAAGCAAAGGCACGAGCAAAGGGUCUGCUCCCAGGGAAUGCGCCAGGCCUGGACAGCGCUGCAGGGUUCUCACCUGCUCCCAAACUGGUAGAAUCCCCAAAAGAAGGUAAAGGAAGCAAGUCUUCCCCGCUCUCUGUAAAGAAUACCAAACGGAAAAUGGAAGGCCCAAAGAAAGCCAAGGGUGACAGCCCUGUAAAUGGCUUGCUAAAAGGGCAAGAGAGUCGAAGUCAAAGCAGGAGUCGUGAGCAGAGCUACUCAAGGUCCCCAUCACGGUCUGCUUCUCCAAAGAGAAGGAAAAGUGAUAGUGGCUCUACCUCAGGUGGGUCCAAGUCGCAGAGUCGUUCUCGGAGCCGAAGUGACUCUCCUCCAAGGCAGGUACACCGUGGUGCUCCCUACAAAGGCUCAGAAGUGAGGGGCUCCCGGAAAUCAAAGGACUGCAAGUACCUCACCCAGAAGCCACACAAGUCUCGUAGCCGGAGCUCCUCUCGUUCCCGAAGCCGGUCACGAGAGCGGACAGACAAUUCUGGAAAAUACAAGAAGAAAAGUCAUUACUAUAGAGAUCAAAGACGGGAGCGCUCAAGGUCAUAUGAGCGUACAGGCCAUCGAUAUGAGAGGGACCACCCUGGACACAGCAGGCAUCGGAGGUGAGAUAGGAUCCUUGGUGGAUGCCCUUGGUCCCUCCCUGUUGGGCACACCUUGGCUUCAGUGGCCUUGUAGCAUGAUGUUUUUUGAAAGUGUUUUUAAUUGGACCUUGAGGUGAAUUUGAUUGAUGAGACAGUGGGCAAGGUGCCCUUCAGGCUGGCCUGGGGAGUGCUGUACAUCUGUCCCGGUCAAUGGUCCACCUCAACUGCAGACCUUCAGGUAGCUGGAUGGAACAGCAAAGGCACACGUCCCCAUUGGCGUGGCUUGGUGCUAUUGACAAGCUGUCUCUUCACUCCUAAACUGAUACUCAAUUACGUUAAGCCAAGAAAGAUGAUUUUUCAAAUCUUUGCCUAUAUUAGGUUGUACUUGUGUACAUAUUUUGCAGUGGUUCACAAUGAGAAAAUGGCCUUAAUAGCCCCCUUGUUCUCUAUUCACGUUGUAAAUAAACAUGUUUAAUACAAGUAAAAGCUAUAUACAAGAACUCAGAAUUUUGAUUCUGUUAGCUUAACACUUGUAUAGAAAAUUGAGAUUUUUAAAAUGUGAAGGUAUUUAGGUCUGUGUUGAAAGUCAUAUAUUUUUAUCUGUGCAAUGCUGAGUGCAGGCCACCAGCUCGAGAGAAAUUUUACGUGGUUGAAUAAACAAUUCUCAGGACACUUGUUAUGUAAGACUUUGUGAGCUGUCAUUCUGGUUGUUUCUUUGAGUGUAUGCCUGGGAUUUGGCUGUGGGAUUCAGGCCUGGUGGGAAUAUUUGUAUGCAACUGCACACUGCCAGCUUAGCUAUUCUAGGGGCCGUAUAAGCUAUAUAUUCCCUGGUCCUUGCUCCCUGUUCUCAUUAAAGUGUUGGAUUUUGUACUGAGCUCUGU